CAUUCUACUAAAGCGUAUGAUCGUUGAUGUACAGAAUCGUCGAAGAUACCGCAGUCAGAGCGUUUGUUAGUAUAUUUGUUUGCUGGUGGCUUAUCUCUGUAUGGUAUCUAUACUGUGACGCAUAACGCGGAGGAAGAGUUGACUUGAUAACACGACUUGAACAUUUCCUUUGUUGUGAGACGGUUAGUAACGUUAGUAACGAGCUAGGUUGAGGUGCGUGAGAGAGACGCGUGUUGUGGAUUGCGUAGGUGCAAACGCUUGCAUGAUUACUACAGUUUAAUGCUGCUUGUACAUGCUUUGUUCAUAUCGAUCACGGCAUUGAAUGUCAAUAAGUACUCUGUGAUACACUGACUCUGAUAACAGUUAGGGGACAUAACUGAGCCAGAAAUGAAGAGAUGGGCACAAAGUAAAAAUGUGGAACAGCUGCAUUAAUUAGGAAGAUCUGUGCAGUGAACAGGUGUUGGACUAGGAUUUCAACGUCAGCAGGCUUCAAAUGUCGGAAAGCGCGUUGGAUUUAGUAAGAUGUGGUAUUUGUAUGGAGCGCUUCAACCAAGAAGACCGUAAACCAAAGUUCCUUCAAUGUUACCACACUUACUGCUGUAAAUGCCUCACCAAGAUUCAGGAAGAGAGGAAGAUUGUAAAUGGUGGUGGAGUGGAGUUCCUGUGCCCGAGCUGUCAGAAGUUGACCAGAGUUGGCAAAAAGGGUGUGUCAGUUCUCCAGGACAACUUCUAUGUCUUACCUCUGAGUACUGCAGUUACGGCUGAAUGUGAUGAAAUUUACCGGUCUGAUGAGGAGGAGGACAUCAACACAACCGUCAGAACAGAUGGAACGAAGCGCAGGGUAGUGAAAGUGUGGUGUACGACAUGUCUCAAAGUAGCAGGCCCUGAGUGCUCUCUUCACGACAUCUGUAACUUUGAGGCAGGUAAGAAACGUCUGCAUGAACGUCUCCAGUCUCUCAUGAAACACAUGGGCAAGAAAUUAGAUAGAGAAGUACAAGUCAGAGAAUCACACCUUGCCCACCUACAGGCAGUAUAUGAAGCAUGGAAAUCCAGCCUGGCAGAGCAUCUUGAGGAACAGAUCAACAUUCAGAACAUGGCUCUCACUGUUGCAUGCUCCGAACUUGAGUCACUGAAUUCCCUCAGAAAGUUACAAAAUGAAGAAGAUCUCUCCAUCAUAGUGUCAGCCAUCAAAAAUAUUACAGCCAUGGUAACUGAGACAGAGAGUCGCCUGAAAGUUGCCAGUGAGCAGUCAGACCUUCUGUCAGCACUGCAGAUGUGCCAUGUAAAUAUACUGCCUGUGUUGGACGGCCACGAUAAAAAUAAAGAAACGUUACAAAAAUCAGUAAUUGAUAUUGGAAGGAGUGACAGCAGUGAGGAGAAAGCACUGGCAUAUCUCAUGUACCACAUUCUGAAGAACAAGAGUAUGGAAGAGGACACAGUUGGCGGAUCCUGGCAGUUGGUUGAGAAAGUGAAAAGGGUGAAGAAUAAAAUUGGAAAGAAUGAUCAGGUUGGAAGUAAAAGUCAAUUUUAUAAACCAAGGAGCACUUCUGUCCAGAGGGAAACCCAUACUCUUGUCUGUACACCAGCAACAUCCACAGAGUCCAUUCCUGCAGCCAACCAUUCCAGAAUUGUUUUAAACAAAGGAUUAAAUAAUUUGUAUGAAGGGGUAUGGUGUUUCUUUGAUAUAGCUAUUGAUGGAAAUAUGAGUGGAAGGAUUGUGUUUCGCCUUCGGCCUGAUGUGGCACCAAAAAUGUGUGCCAACUUUGUUGCUUUGUGCACAGGUGAACUGAGUUAUGGUUACAAGGGCAGUAAGAUAUUCAAAGCUGUAGCUGGUAGUCACAUAAUAGGUGGGGAUUUUGAAAGAAAUGAUGGUUGUGGAGGUCAUUCAAUUUUUAAUAAGAAAGGUUUGUUUCUAGGAGACAACUCUUGGCUGAGGGAUGAAGAAGGAGCACUGAGAAUGAAGGGCAUGGGUACUGAUGAGAAGACAGGAAGUGGAAUGGUAGGGUCACAAUUCCAUAUCUGGGUUAAAGAGAAGGAGUUCAAAUCUUAUUUUCGAACCCUAGUUAUUGGAAAAGUGACCGAAGGUCUAGAGCUUUGCAAAUUAAUAUCCAAUUUAAAAACUUACAAGAAUGAACAUGGAGUUUAUAUUAUUACUAAAGAUGUUGUUAUCCAAAACUGUGGCAAACUUGAUAUGCUAUGAGAAUGUUUUAGCUCAUCUAUACUGUGAAAUGCUGAAUAUAAACUCUGAUCAGAGAACAGAGCAGACAGAUCUGUGUUAACGUAAAUAAUAAGAUUUUGGAAAACUGUAAGGUGACUAAUAACUAGUAGCAAUUCAAGGAGGAAUCAGUUAGGAUAGAUUAUUUGAGUCCUUUGUCCUUUUUCCAUUGUGCACUGGUUGAAAUAGAUUCUAAAGUGUGAGUAAAUCUGCUGCUGCUGCUACUACUACUACUGCUACUAGGUGUGAGGAUAGUGUUAAAAUGGGUCUCGGAGAAAUAGAUUACGUUGGUAAAUAAUGGAUACAUCUGGCUCAGGAUAGAGACUGGUUCAGGCCUCUUGUGAACACAGUUCUGAACCUUGGGUUUCAUAAAAAUGUUUGAAAUUUCUUGAGUAGCUGAAAAACCAGCAGCUUCUCAAGAAGGACUUAGCUUCAUAGAGUUUAUAGAGUUAAUUAGCCAACUAGUUAAUUAUUACAAUUAUUUCUGCUGCUGUUAUUUUAACACUUCCAUUAACAUUAACACAUUGCAUCCAGAUAUUUAUUCCUGUGAGUUAGAGGAAGAUACAUGAUUAUUAUGAAAACAGUUCUCAACUUCAUAUAAUACAGCCCCCUUCUAAAUGAAUCCCAAGAGACUGAACUUUUUAUUUCAAAAAGCUUAAAUUUAAACUAAAAAACUUACAGAUAUAAUAUAGUUUUGAAAAGAAAAUAAUCUUAAUUACAAAACAAAUUUAUGUUACAUAUAUAUACUGCAUUAUCACUGCAUACUAUAAUAUCUGCAGUCAUGAUGUGUAUUUGUACCAACCAUCUUACAUUGCACACAAUUUCACCUUUCUCUUCACUACAUGUUUCGGCACUAAUGUGACAUCUUCAGGUGUGGUUUUGUUUAUGUCAAACCAUUGCACUGUAUGCCACUGAUUUCUUAAGUAUGUUAUAUAGAAGUAAUUGAUUUUCCAAUUAAAAGCUAUAAAUAUUAGUGUUUUAAACUGACAUUUAACUUUUUGCAAUUCUAAUGCCCUUGGUGCGCUUGUAGAAUAUAUGGGAUAUCUGAACUAAGUUUUCUAACAGCUUUUAAAUGGCGUAUCAAAAGAUUAAGUGGACUUCAAGAAUAUGUUAAUUUAUACCCCAGAUGUGCAUAAUGUUUGUGAGUGAAAGAUUUCUGUUUCAUUAUGCAUGUUCAUGAUGUGUUUCUUAAAGUACUUAAAGUAUGAGAACUGUUGGUACUGAGCAGAGCAGAGCAUUAGCCUUAUAUUUAGGAACUGUAUAUCAGAUGAUGCUGGCUAUCUCAGUGGGUUUUAUGAUGUUUCCUGCCAUAUUUACAACUGCAGAAAAGCUCAGAGGAGCCAAUCCCUGGCCAUAAUUCAAACCACUAAGCUUCCAGUCCUAAAACUCUGAUAUGGGCUUUUCACCCUGAAUUUGGAACCUUGCGUUUGGCAUAAAAUUUCCUUGCCCCAGUUCUCACUUUGCAUGUUGUCCUUGGACAACAGAUUCCUUUUGGCAUAAAAUUUCCUUGCCCCAGUUCUCACUCUGCAUGUUGUCCUUGGACAACAUAUUCCUUGGUUCAGCAUAGAAUUUUACACUUUGCCUUGGGCACAGAAGUUGUGUUUCUCACCUCUGAGUGAAUUGCUUCACCAUUAGGAUGUUUUCUUGUGGUAACAGAACUUAAGACGGGUGUCUUAGUUCUCGUAAGAAUGUACAUGAGGAUCACAUAAUAAAAAUUAUAUAUAAUUUUUAUGAGUGGAGACCAUUAAGGUGUGCUGACUCAACUAUAAAUCACAUGGAAUAUGAACUGUUACAUUAUAGUUUCAUACGAUAUUUUUACUGACACAUGAAUAAAUGUUUAUGAGUUUUUA